CUGCGUCAUUUGCGCGCCGCUUCGCUCCCGAUGCUGUUCUUCUCCAGAAAGAUAGAUGUUUCGAUUUCAGUCCUUGAAUGAAGACUGUACGCUGGAGGAGGAAGACGAGGGACCGAUAGAAGAAGAAGAUGAAAUCGAUCAGUUCAACGACGACACAUUUGGAGCCGGGGCCAUCGAUGACGACUGGCAGGAGGAACACAAGCGCCUCGCUGAGCUCGACCAGCUGAGAGGGGGGCCGGGGUUGGUAGGAGGAGGAGGGAUGGGAGGGGAGUCGGACUUAGGCGGACCCGAGGACUCAUCCUCCGCCCGUCUCCCUCCGGCCGCCGGCAACCUCCCCCUCCCCUCACUCAACUUCUCGUCUUCCUCCGGACUGCCUCGACCAGAUGUAGAAGAUCGAGGAGGAGGAGGCGACCUGGCCGAGUCCCUGGCCAGGCUGAUCCUGGACGCCGACCCGGCCAUCGCUGGGGUCGGGGCAGCAGAGAGACCCGGCCCUCCCCCCAGCCUGUCUGCUCUGCAGGGCCUGGACAGAAGCAGAGUCUUGCCCCAACCAUCUCCCAUCCCACACCCCACUCAGCCACACCAGCAUCCCCAUCACCCCCAGCACCAGCUGCCUCCUGGGCCCUCCACUUCAGGCCUUCCUCCCUCUUCCAUGCUCAGCUACCAACAACAACAACACUUGAUGCGCAGAGGAACCGCUCCUAUGGGCCAGAUGAACUCUCACAGUAUCUGGGAGAACAAUAUGGGGUUCGGACCGGUCAGUCUCACACCCGGACUGGUUACACACAUGGAGGAUAGUCCUCUGAUGUCUAUAAUAAAGGAGGUGGGUCUCCCCAAACAACCACCUCAGGGCAGAAACGACGAAGUACGAGAUUUGUCCGAGAGGGUCCCUCCUCCACGCUCCUCUUCCCCCGUGAUUGGCUCCCCUCCGGUGAGGGCAGUGCCUAUAGGGACCCCGCCCAAACAGCCAAUGAGCCACAUCAUGAAUCAUCAGAUCCACCACCCCACGCCGGUUCAUGUGAGAGCCCCGGUCCAGCACAGAUACCCUCCUCCUUUCCCCGAGCGUCUGUCACCCAACACCCUCCUCAAUAUAGCUAACUCUCCACUGUGUCGCGGUCCCUUCCCUCCCGGUGUCGGCCCAGUUCUGUCUCAGAUUCAACGGGCCCAGCUGCUUAACUCUCAGGUGGCAGGUUUUCCCCGGGGUCCAGCGCCUCCUCUGCUACCAGGCGGCGGCGGUUUCAGGCCGUUCUUCGGAGGCCCCCCUCCUCCGCACGCCCACCGAAUGGGCCCGCCACCCCCUCACGGUCCCCUCAACCACGCGCCGCCCAUCCGGCACAACACCACCCACCUCCACCCCCAGCACCGCCGCAUGCUCACUCAGCGCAUGCAGAGCCGAGGAGGGGACCGUGGUAGGAUUGGAGGGGACCGGCGCAGCAGGGACCCUUACAGUAACCUGAUGACUCAGAAAGAGAAGGAAUGGGUCACCAAGAUCCAGAUGAUGCAGCUGCAGAGUACUGACCCGUACCUGGAUGACUACUACUAUCAGAACUACUAUGAAAAGAUGGAGAAACGUCAGGAGAGAGAGAGAGACAGCAGCAAGAAGGAGCACACCACCAAACUCAUCACUCCACAGGUAGCCAAGCUGGAACACACCUACAGACCAGUUCAGUUUGCCGGCUCUCUGGGUAAGCUGACGGUCUCCAGCGUCAACAACCCCCGCAAGAUGAUCGAUGCCGUGGUGACCACUCGCACCGACGACGAGGAGAAGAGAGAGAAGCAGGUUUGGAAUAAGAGGCGACAGAUCCUCUACACCGUGGAAAAGAUGUACAGUUUGCUGCUGGAGGUUCAAGACUUUGAGAAACGUUUCGUCCAAGCCCCAGAGGAGGACAGAGAAGCUCUACUGGAGCAGCACAAAACCAACACCAUGCAGCUGUGCAACUCCCUGCAGGAGAAGGAGUGGGACGACAGAGUGAGCGACGAGCAGUGCGUGAUGAUCAUGUCGGUGAGGAAGGGCAAGCGUCUCAUCUCCAGGCUGCUCCCCUUCCUACCCCCGCCCCAGGCCGCCGCCAUUGUCAUGGCGAUUGCCCGCAACCUUCCAGCUCUGGCAAAGAAGGACAAGCAGGACCAGGUGCUGUGCUGGUUAGUGGAGCCGGUGUCUGCAGUGAUCCAGUCUUUGUCCAGCUCCGCCCUCACAGACCUGCUCCAGGAGCUUCAGGGCAACGAGGGCCAACUGGCCACAGUACUGCUCAACAAGUUCGGUGUGACACUGCUGUAUCUGAUCCUGAGUGAAGGAGAGAGGAUGCAGAGCUCCGACCCCAAUUGUCAACUCAUGGACGACAAUCGAUGGACUGAGUUGGUGUUUUCGGUGACGAGGGAGUUGCUCAGCGUUCCCUCCUCUUCCCUCUCCCCUCCCCUCUUCACGCCCCCCAACCUGCUCUCCCUCUUCUCGCGCUACGUCGACCGGCAGAGGUUGGAGCUGUUACAGGACAAGCUACAGAUUUCUGCUCUGUCCAGGUAGAAGUUACUACAAACAUCAACACAACCCACCCCCACCCCACCCCACCCCACUCGAUGCAGACCUUUCUUUUUGUGUGUGUGUGUGCGUGUGCGUGUGCCAGAAGAGUGAAUGGUGUGUGUGUGUGUGUGUGUGUGGUCUUGAGGUGAGUCCACGGUGGAUCAUUUUAAUCCAGCAGAAUCUCUAGUCACUUUUGUUUUUCUGUGUUUAGUCUGUGGUGUGCGUGCGUGCAUGAUGGACAGUGACACAGAACGAAUGAAUUCAAAUGACGAAAAAAUGAAAUCUGCAUUUUUAAAUAUCUUGUUUACGAUUAUGCCUGUGAUGAACCUUGAAAUUAAAAAGUAUUUCUAUUAUA